AUUGUGCAGAGAUAUCAGCUGUCAAACUUAGUACCUAAGGAAAUUGGACAGUUCAUACUUAAUAACCUAAUAGAUCAUUCCAUCAAUAGACUCUUACUUGAAGAAAAUGCCUUGGCCCUGUAUUAUAAAAUUGUCUAAUGAAUGCACAAUUUUGUGUUUUAGUUGCAAUAAAAUAUUUAGGGUUCAUAGUUUUUUUUUACAAAAACAAUUUCCUUUUUAAGCUAACUUAAGAACUGUUGGUUAAUAUGUUGAAGAGGAUGUCUGCUUAUAAAAUACCAUCUUUCCUAGUUUACACUGCCUCUUAGAGUUUUAUUUAAUAUUAUAGCAUCCUUUUAAAAAAACCAAAAAGGAUUCUGGUAUUCCUGAACCUACGAGAGGUUCAUUCCUUAGAGUGAAUUGUUUGAUUAUCUAGUCUAUUGUUAUCAUAUAUUUUCCAAUAUGGUCCCUGAUCUGAUUUCAUAUGCUACUUUUCAGCUUUUAUAUAGCAUCAGGAUUGAGGAGGAGCCUUCUUAUAAUUCUAACAUCUCCUCAACCUGAGUAGGGACAGCUGGGUUGAGUUGGUAGAGGUUGUUCUUUGGAAGAGGAAAUAUGACACCCCAUAUGUACCAGAAGAACUUGAGCUUGGUGCAAAGCAUGCUGGUCUAACAACUUGUAAUAGUGACCCUCCUCUCCUGUCUUUCCUAGCUCAGCCCAAAUGGAAAGGAGAACUUUUGGCUGAAGGAGCAGGAAGUUCAGGUUGGGAAAGGAGAGGUUUAUGAGGUAUGAUGUUUAUCUCUGUGUCAACCACAUUACAGUGGCUGAAAUGCAGUAGAUAAUUGAAAUGAAACAUUGAAGUAUGGGAGUAAUGUGGGUGGCCCCAAGCUAGUACUUUAGAACUCUGCUUUGCCUCCUCUUCUUGGCUCUGUAUCCUAUAUGUGUUGGAUACAUCCUAAGGCUGGCAGGAAGAUCAUAUCUAGAAGUGCAUAGGCCAGAGGAAGGAGUGGAACAUUUUCUUUCUAUGUAUCUCCCUCUUUGCCUUUUGUUUUUUAGGUGUUUUUUUUUUUUUCUUGCAAAAUCAAAGGAAAUCUUUUGCACAAGCCUACUGGCAUGCUUUUCUCUUCAUAUUUUAUUGACCAGAGUUAAGUCACACAUGCUUCAUAACCUGUUAUGACAAGGGGAAUAAGUUUAUCAUCGUUGGUCUCUUCUAAAUCAGGAGAUACUUCCUGUAAUUGGUGAUAGGGUCACAUUUUACAGAGUUACAUGGGUAGAGGGAGGAUAUUAUUUUAAAAAUUGUGGGAAGGGAGAAUAUGGGGGAAAUGGAUGUUAGAGAGAUAAUCAAUAGUGACCACUAUAUGUACUUGUUUUGAGAAUGAAAAUAAAUAAUGCAUAUGAAUGCAUGCUGAACUUUAAAGUGUUGCACAAAUGUAAUGGACGAAAUACUAGAAAGCUGCUUCCAUGUUGCUAUCUUAAAUAUGCUCAGAUCUUCAUAUUAGGAGCUAAAAACACUGCUUUCUUAAAUAUGCUCAGAUCUUCAUAUUAGGAGCUAAAAACACUGCUUUCUUUUUAACUUUACUAAUUUUGAGUCAAUAAAAUAGGUGAUCUAAGUUGAAAGAUUAUAAUUUUUUUCCUGUGGAGCUCAUAAAGCUAUUUUAAUUUUAAAUUAAAAUUUUGUUCCUAUAAACUUACUUAAUUUUUUUUUUUUUUGAGUUGCUGCCCUUCCUCUUCACUAAGAUAUUGCCCACAUCUUUCAUCUCAUCAGAUUACUUUGUUUUUCCCAUCUAGGGGUGAAUAAGUGCAUUAAAGAAAUGGACUUUGUUGGUCAGAAGAAAGGUUUAUUUUGAAUGAUGGAAUCCCAGUGAAAUAGGAGGAGGAGAUGAUUUUUACUUAUUUUGAAAGCAGCAAAGAAGAUGGUGGGGGAAUGGGGAGACAGGGUGAAUUUAUAGGAUUUUAGAAUUGAAAUGAAUCAUAGGCAGGUUGAGUGAAAUGCUUAAGUCAUGCACAUGAUCAGUAGAACUUUCAUGUCCUAAUUACUAGUGUAGUGUGCUCUUUCUGACCAAGAAGUGGGAGGCCAUAAAAAUAAUCUUGUCUACUUUGCAGUUUUUCUCAGGACCAUAGGCUACUACUGUAAAUCAGUGUGCCAGUCACUUUUAGUAUAGAUAUCUGUGUUCUCAGGCCUUGGAAAAACAUUUAGCCACAUGCAUUUUUUGUUCUGUUUUGUUUUUUUUCUUUCUUUUUUUUUUAAAGUAAAACAAGCAGUUUUUUUCAUCUGACCUUAAGCAGUCAAUAACAAUAACAACACCAGGCAGAAACAUACACACAGAGACAUACGUACAUACACACAAUAAUCCCAACCUGGCCUGCUUAAAUGAAAAUGGAAAAGCAGAAUGAGUGUUUGGAGCAUCUUAUCAUUUUUAUUUUCAAGCAAAUUAUCUUAAACGUUUCUUUACUUUCAGUAUAUAUAAAGGAAAGGAAUAUAUAUGUGCUUAUACAUAGAUACACAAAUACAUGUAUGAGUGGUUAUAAAUAUACAGAAUAAAUCCAUCCAUCUUUUGGAAGAGUAUGUUAAUGAUAGUUAUUUAUAAAUGGUGAGAUUUAGGAUUAUUUUUCUUUUUGUACUUUAUAUUUCUCUAUAUUUGGAUUUUCAGCUACGACUAUGCAUUAUAUCUACCAUCAGAAAAAAUAGUAAUUUUUUUUGAGGAAAGAAAAUAGAAUCUUGGUGUUUUUCACCGAAUUAAAUUUUAACAUAUACUUUGCUUUCACUGUAUAUUACCUUGAAUAAAGUGUGCCUUGAUUGCAUUGAUGCUUUGCAAUUUUCUUUAUUUUAAAAUGUAUUUAUUAAAAAUUAUUGUAAAGCUUUAAGUUGAAAUUGGUACAAGUAUACUUUAUAAAGGUAGUGGACUUCUGAAUAUUUUUAAGUUAUUGUGUUAUCUAUUUUUUAAAUUUGUUUGUGACUUCAGGUAGUAUACUAGGCAGUGUAUUAGAAUAUGGUAUAUUGGUGUUAAAAUUAUAUUCAGAAUUUCCUUUAGUAAAAAGGGAAGUGAAAAUAUUUUUUUUCCCCUUACACCCAGACUGUGUCAUGUUUUUUUUUCUAUUUCUGUGAAAUACUUAUAUGUUAUGUUCUACAGUGAAUACUUUCAAGUGGUGGGCAAAUAUAUUAGGUAAUGUAAUAGGGAGAGAAGAGAUAAAAUUCAUGGUAUUCCGCUAGUCUUAAGGUGUGCAAAUAUAUGGCUACAAUACUUUUUCAAUAAAAUCUUAAUUUGGGGUACAAAAAUAGCCUUGUAUUGUUUUGAAGUUGAAACUAGUAGGUAUCAGUAGUAGGCAACAUUUUAAAAAGCUGUUAUUUGUAGAUGAAUUUUUUACAAAAUAUUAUUUUAUUCUCUACAUUUAUUUUAGGGAAUCUGAUAAUAUGACUCCCCUCACCCAAAAAUGUAAAUCUUAAAGAUAUGGAAUCUUAUGAUACCAGUUUUCAUUAAAAAAUGGCACUUACUGAGUUCUUUUUCUGUCAUUUAAAUAUCAGGGUAUAUUAUGGCUAAUAUAUCUUUGUAUAAUUGAGAUUCUAUUCUGCAGAUGUUUGUAGUUAAUAAAGUAUCAAAAUGUAAUUAGGUUUUACAAGUCAUUCUUUUGAGUAUGUUUUGAUUAUUGAAAAUAACUGGAAUGUGUAUUGUAUGUUUGUUUAUUAUUGUAUGCUUUGCAAUUUAUCUUAAUACCCUAUUAAUGAAGGUUGUUUUUUGAGGACUGAAAAUUAAAUCCUGAGCAUUUGGGAAUGAGAAUAUCAAAUAAGCUAAAAUGAAUUUUACUAUAGUAAAUAAUGCACUUAAGAACUUCCAGUUGAAAAUUAGUAAUUUUUUUUCUGUAACAGAGUCAAUGAGAGAAGAAAAGUGGACAAUUUUAAAGAGAGCCCUUGCAGUCCUUGCUAUAGGAUUGGGAGUGCUAACACUUACUAAUAGAACAGAGAAGUUUGUGGAGGAAGCAGCUUAUACCAGUGGUUUUCAGCCCAACUUCACAUUAACGUGUUUUUGGAGCUUAAAAAAAAAAAAGAUGUUCUCAUUUUACCCAUGCUAAUUUAUAUUUGAAUCUAGUGAUAAGGAUAGGACAUUGAUAUAUUUUAUGAUUUCUACAGGCUACUCCAGUGUGCUGCAGGAUUGAUUUCUCCUUCCCUUUAUACAUAUCUUUUAGCUCUUUUUUUUAAAAAAAAGACAUCCUUUUAUUUUAACCUGUUUCUUUUAAAUUAGGGGUGGAAGUGUGAGGAUGACUGAAGAAAUGCAUAGAAAAUAUUAGUAAGAGUAUCAGUGACUUUUUUUCAGAGUGUCAUACAGUUAUUACUCAGUACUGGUUCCAGGACUCCUUGUGGAUACCAAAAAUCCACAGAUAUUGAAGUCCCUGAUAUAAAAUGGCAUAUUAUUUGCAUUUAAUCUAUGCACGUCUUCCCAUAUACUUUCCCAUACUACUUCCAUAUACUUUAGAUCAUUUCUAGAUCACUUAUAAUACCUUAUAAUACAAUAAGUGCUAUGUAAGGAGUUGUUAUGCUGUAUUGUUUAGGGAAUAGUGACAAGAAAAAAGAAGCACCUGUACAUGUUCAGUACAGAUGCUUCUCCCCCUCCCCCAAAUAUUUUUGAUCCAUGGUUGGUUGAAUCCAUGGGUGUGGAAGUCACAGACAUGGAGGGUUGAUUAUACUUACUAUCUUUAGUGAGGCCACUAUAUUCAUUGCUCAUUAACGAUUUUUGAUAAGUAUAGUACCAAAGUUAGAGGAUUCCUAAAGCUUGGAAAGUUUGUUAAAAGGAAAUUUGUCAAGAAUAAAUUAAGCCAUCAAUUCAGAUGCUCCUGGAAAUCUUAGGAGACCUAAGUGAUAUCUUCAAACUUAGUAUAUAUUAUAAGAAGGCAAGAAGUGUUGCCAAUGAAAAGUUGUUCAUUUUUGGUUAUAUUUAUCAUAUUUAAAGUAUCAUUGAGCUAGUUGUAUUUUUCCUCAUGGAACAUCAGGAUAGAAGGGGCCUUAAUGGUUACCUAGUAUAACCACUUCUACUUUACUCUCUUAUAUACCAUUGUUGACAAGGAAUUGUCUCUGGUUUUCCCCUCAGUGGAAAUAUUUUACUUUAGUUAUAGUGUAUUUAGUUUAUAGUAUCUUGUCUAUAUUGUAUAGAGCCAGUAAAUGUCUACACAUAAAUGCACUAUGGUAAUAGGGUUUUAUAAGGUUAUUGUAUCUUUAUAUUUAUGACAAAUUGGGUCCUUUUUGUUACUCAUUUGAUGUUUCUUUCUGAGUCUGGAACACCGUUAACAGUUACAGCAUUUUUCCUGUGAAAAAAUGAGAGCAAGCCAUUUUAGGAUGAGUUAAAUAUGUUCAAUUCAACUCAAUGAACAUUUUUUUACAUGGUGGCAAAAUUGGAUUUGGCAGUUCUAUAAAUUGCAAAGGUUAGAUUUCUGAAAACUGCCCUGAUAAGAGAAUCCAUGAUAGAGAAAUUUAACACUGGAUAGGGUUUAGAGGACAUGUUAUGUGUGAACCAAUGGGACACUUUUAGAAUUAUUCUGUGUUUACCAAAAUACCACAAUAACAUUCAGCUCAUGAAAAGGGAUUAUGGUUACUGUUCUGUGGGACUACAAUUUCUUAUCAACAGUUCUAACAUCCAAAAUUCUCUGAAAACCAAAACGUUUCUUGUAUGUUUGGCAUAAAUUGAUUUUUUCACAAAAUCUGUUCUGAACUAUUGUCUUUAUUUCAUGUAUUGAUAGGUUUUACUGCAGAAGUACUGUAGCAAAUGUUUGAUUACAGCGUGCUGCCCCAGACUUCUCUGUGCCAUCCAGGCUUCUCAGGAGUGUUGCAAGUUAUGUGGUGUAUACACUGUCACCCAUCAAAAAUCCCCAGACAUUCUGAACUCCAAGACAUGUUUGACUGCAAGAACUUUAAAAAAUGAACUGUGGACCUGCAUUAAUUUGCAUCUACCGCUUAAUAGAAACUACUUACUGUCUUACUUCUCUGAGAUGGAGUUUCACUUUCUAUCAAUAUCAGCUCACAUCAUUGAAAAGAUAAUUUUGAAGACAUGUUUUGCUGAAAAGACAACUGAGAAAAAUUUUACGAAUGGGAUGAACACGCUCCAGUUAAUUGACUACCUUCUGCAAUUUGAAUGUUAACAUUACCCACCUGGUACAGUUACCUAGUGAUGUACCUAUUUUCACAAUACCCUAUUUCAGUGUGCUUGUCUUGAUUAAAGAAUUCAAAGUGGAGUACCGCAAACUUGAUAUGGAUAAUAAAAAGAAAGACAAGGACAAAUCAGAUGAUAGAAUGGCACGGCCUAGUGGUCGAUCGGGGCAUAAUACUCGAGGAACUGGAUCUUCAUCAUCUGGAGUUUUAAUGGUUGGACCUAACUUUAGAGUUGGAAAAAAAAUUGGGUGUGGCAAUUUUGGAGAAUUACGAUUAGGGAAAAAUUUAUACACAAAUGAAUAUGUGGCAAUUAAACUGGAGCCCAUGAAAUCCAGAGCACCACAGCUACAUUUGGAAUACAGAUUCUACAAGCAGUUAGGAUCUGGAGAUGGUAUACCUCAAGUUUACUAUUUUGGCCCUUGUGGUAAAUACAACGCUAUGGUGCUGGAACUGCUGGGACCUAGUUUGGAAGACUUGUUUGACUUAUGUGACAGAACAUUUUCUCUUAAAACAGUUCUAAUGAUAGCUAUACAGCUGAUUUCUCGCAUGGAAUAUGUUCAUUCAAAGAACUUGAUAUACAGGGAUGUAAAACCUGAGAACUUCUUAAUAGGACGACCAGGAAACAAAACCCAGCAAGUUAUUCAUAUUAUAGAUUUUGGUUUGGCAAAGGAAUAUAUUGAUCCGGAGACAAAGAAACACAUACCAUAUAGAGAACACAAGAGCCUUACAGGAACAGCUAGAUAUAUGAGCAUAAACACACAUUUAGGAAAAGAGCAAAGUAGAAGAGAUGAUUUAGAAGCUUUAGGUCAUAUGUUCAUGUAUUUUCUGAGAGGCAGUCUUCCUUGGCAAGGCUUAAAGGCUGACACAUUAAAAGAGAGAUAUCAGAAAAUUGGAGAUACAAAACGAGCUACACCGAUAGAAGUGUUAUGUGAAAAUUUUCCAGAAGAAAUGGCAACAUAUCUUCGUUAUGUAAGAAGGCUAGAUUUUUUUGAAAAGCCAGACUAUGACUACCUAAGAAAGCUUUUUACUGACUUGUUUGAUCGAAAAGGAUAUAUGUUUGAUUAUGAGUAUGACUGGAUUGGUAAACAGUUGCCUACUCCAGUGGGUGCAGUUCAGCAAGAUCCUGCUCUGUCAUCAAACAGAGAAGCACAUCAACACAGAGAUAAAAUGCAACAAUCCAAAAACCAGUCGGCAGACCACAGGGCAGCUUGGGACUCCCAGCAGGCAAAUCCCCACCAUUUGAGAGCUCACCUUGCAGCAGACAGACAUGGUGGCUCGGUACAGGUUGUAAGUUCUACAAAUGGAGAGUUAAACACAGAUGACCCUACUGCAGGACGUUCAAAUGCGCCCAUCACAGCCCCUACUGAAGUAGAAGUGAUGGAUGAAACCAACUGCCAGAAAGUGUUGAACAUGUGGUGCUGCUGUUUUUUCAAACGAAGGAAAAGGAAAACCAUACAGCGCCACAAAUGACUCUGGACACAGACAGAUAAUAGGGAGUUGCUUACGCGUUCAUCUGCUGUCUUGUGAUUAAAUCAUCUCUGUAGUGACCACGUAUAUUUUCAAGGACUCACUCUUAGAAACAAAAAUGUCAUCCUUUCAUACUUCAUUUUGUGGUUGUCUUACAUUCAUAUUUUUUUCUAAUUUAACUUUUAUGGAAGCUUUAAAGUUUUGUCAAAACAUGAGUACUUUGCCCAUCGAUGAAUGGAAUGGACCAGUGAGGUGGUAUUGAUGAAUGCAGUUCUAUAGAACAUUUUUUAGAAGCUCUUCUCCUAUUGUAAAAAGCAGUACAGUAUCUUAAAUGUCAACCAGUUAUAUGCCUAAUUUGGUUUUCUAUAACUUCUGUAAGAGCAUAAUCGAACAGGAAUUUUUCCCCCAGUGGGUAAUGCCACAGAGAAAACAGCAUUGCCCAAAUGUUUAAAAGAGAAAGUUCAUAUUUUGUGACAUCUGCAUUGAUUUCAGUAUUACUGAUGGUAUUGUUAUUCAUGAAUCAUAUUAACAUUCUCUCUGUGAAAUCAUGGUACAGUCACCGCCCAGAGGUACUGAGGAAAAAGCUCUAUGGGUUUGGCAGAUGGUAGUGGUAAAAUGAAUUGUAAGUAGUGCGGUAAAUAUGAGCUCUGCUUUUGUUGCACCACUAUGUGAAGUACCGUGUUGCAGAAUUGGCAAAAGUGCUUAUUUUUAAAAAUGCAAAAUAUUUGUAUAAUGUAACUUUAUGCUUCCAGAUAAUAAUGUAUGUUAGACAGCAAGAAAUGAAUACUUUAAGAAAUGAUAUAUGUUGGAGUUUUAAAGAAAUACACUAAGGAGAAGAAAUAAAUGUGAACCUCGUUGCAAUGUAUAAGGUUGAAGCCUAAGGAGAUCCCACUGAAACCUACUGCUGAAUGAUUGCAUUCUCUCUUAAGCAGAAAACUUUGAAUGUGCCAUGCAAUGGUGUCUGUUUAUUAAUUAUUUUGCUCUUUGAUAAAAAAAAAAAGGACCCCAGCAAUAAAAACUGGGUUACUCUCUUGCCCUAUGUGAGCAUUAGUCUCUUGUAUUCAACUUUGCUGUUUCUCUGGAAUUUUCCUAUUCUUUAGCAUAAUUUUGAUGAUUGAAAAAUAUUUUGGAGAGGAUGGGUCAGGUGCUUUGCCUCCAUAGUCUUUUGAAGUGCCUGCAUAUGAACAAAGAAACAAUUCUGGUAAAAAGGAAGCCCAUUCCACUUUUCAAGUAUGCUUUGUUUUAAGCCAUGAAGACACAGAUGUACUUUUGUCACAUUCUACUAGCCAGAAUUUUUAAGAGGGAUUAAAAUAAACAAACAAACAGACAGGCCACAAAGAUAAUUAUGUUGAACAAAUCUCAUAUUCACUUUUCAUUUCUAAAAUUGUUACUUACUCCUUCCAUGCAGUUUUUCCUUUGUUUUUAAGUGUGUGUCUCCAGGCAUGCGUAUUUAUUUUUAUUAUCUCAAGGUAACAUUUAAAAUGUGUGUUAAAGUAAAUAAAUCCACAUUUUUUAAACUUCAUUGUUGCAUUUACAGGGAUUUAAUUGUAUUUUGUAAUUUAUUUUUCUUAUUAGCCAAAAGUUUAAUGCAUUGUUUUUGAGGAAUUAGGCACCCAUAUGAACACCACAAAUCAGGACAUUGUUUAUCAUUGUUGCUUUGAAUCCUGUGAAUGAUCUUUUCUUGAUUUUAAAGACUUCACACUCAGCUUAGGGAACAUUUGCUGUAUAAUUUGGUGAGUAGUUUCCAUUCUAUUUGUAUACUGUCAUGAUGUCUUAAACUACAGGAAUUGCAUACUGAGUUUUUAUUUUCGUUUGCUUUGAGCAAGGUAGAUGGAUGUUUUGGCCAUUAUAAUGUGAAACCACUUCUUUCUUUACAGUAUUUGACCAAAUUUGUGUGUCUAUGAUAUUUGUAAAUACAUGCGAUAUCUGUAUUUCUUAUCAUAAGUCUAUUUAGUUUUAUUCUUAGUAGGGUUUUUUGGAUUGUACAGUGUUUAUAUGAUCUGAACUCCUUAUACAUAAGAAGGUGUGUAUAUUAAUCCAAUUAUGGACUCAAAAUAUUUUAAAAGUAUAAGUACCCUUAUUUGCUGCAAAGACCAGUGUGUAGACAUUUGCUUUUUAGCAAUAUUUUUAAGUGCUCCAUUUUAAUGCCAAGGAAUAAGUCUUUUGGCAACACAAACUGGUCAAUAAUAGGUAAUGCAGGUAUGUUCAGGUUAAGCCAACAAUGUUUUGCAUUUUUAUGCUUCUUUUCUGUCAACACUAAUGAAGUCAACAUUGCCUGAAUGUCUGAAUAAUGAAACACAUCCCUGUUUAAAAGUAUGUAACUGAAAAAGAAAUAAAAAAUAAAGGUAGUUUUUUUAAAC